GCGAGAAAACAGUCACUCCAGCCAGUGCAGCUCCUCAGCCCUGCAAGAUUACAGAGAAGAUUAAAUUAAAAAACAAAGUUUGAGUCGGAGUGGAUGGACACGCGGGGGCUUGGGCUCGUGAUGCUGUGCACGUGCAUGCGUGGGGCCGACGUGACGAGCUUCAGCUCCUGGCCCUCCUCCUCAGACCCGAGCCCCACCUCUGCUCACACCUUCAUCCUUGAGCCCAGCGAGGGGCGCUACGUCUACGGGCGUAUGGCGGUGGUGCAGGACGCCCUGAGGACCCUCUCGGUGCUGGAGCCUGGAGGAGAGGAUGGGUGCAAACUCCAGCAGCUCGUCCCUGCGGCCCAGACAGCGCUCUCUGGUGGCUGUGAGGUGGCGGUGAAUGCAGGCUUCUAUAAUGCGAGCACAGGCCAGUGUCUGGGGAACGUGGUGAGCGAUGGCCGAGUGGUGAGGAGCACAGGAGUCCUGAAUGCUCAGUUUGGGAUCAGGAGCGACGGGAGCCUGGUGUUUGGGUAUCUUUCUGAGGAGGAGGUCUUGGACCAGAGGAAUCCUUUUGUGCAGUUGGUCAGUGGAGUGGUGUGGCUCCUGAGAGACGGACAUGUUUAUAUCAACCAAAGUCUGCAGGUGGAGAGCGAUGAGAACCAGUCCAUUAAGGUGUUCCGAGACUUUGCGGAUAUGCUGUCGGCACGGACGGCGGUUGGGCAUCAUGCUAACGGAAGCGUGGUGAUUUUCCAGAGUGAUGGAGAGACUCUUCACAGAGGGAUGAGUCUGUGGGAGGUGGCUGACUUCCUUAAACAGAACGGAGUCAUAAAUGCCAUAAAUCUGGAUGGAGGUGGAUCCUCCAGCUACAUCCUCAAUGGGACCCUGGCCAGCUACCCCCCCGACCCCUGUGUGGCAGACAGCAGGUGGCGCUGUGGCCGGCCCGUCUCCACUGUGCUGUGUGUUCGGUCCAGACGCAGCAAUCACACCCAGUAUCUGUCCCGGUGAGUGCCUUGUUAUGCAUCUUUGAUGUGUACUGCUAAUCUGUCAUUUCAAAAUGUUUCACUCCCCACUGUUGCCAGCAGAGGGGGCAGUACAGCCGCCAAACACAUGUCUGCACAGACUGGCCUGGGGCUAACCGCCCCUCGGUAAGACAAGCUUUAAGUCAGUUAGUAGUGUUCUCGUCUGAGCUCUGCCGUUAAGCAGAGUCGGGUCAGUACUUGGAUGGGAGACGAGGGGUAACAGGGGACUCUAGUGCAAAAUGUUGUUGUGUCCUUAGGCAAGACACUUAACUUGAACAGUUUAGUAUGAAUGUGGUUUGUAAGUGGUGGUGGGAGGGGCUGAUGGUGCAGAUUGGCAGCCUCACUUCUGUCAGUCUGCCCCAGGGCAGCUACAGAAGCAGUUUACCACCACAGAGUGUGGAGUGAAAGAAUAAUGUAGUAGUAGCAAUAGUAAUAGUAGUAGGAGCAGUAGUAGCAGUAGCCGCAAUAGUAGUGGUAGUACUAAUAGCAGCAGCUGUAGCAAUAGUAGCAGUAGUAGUAGCAAUAGUAGUAGUGGUAAUAGCAGUAGUAGUAGUUCAGGGGACAGUUCUGGGACAGUUCUCCAUAUGCUGGUUCUAUGAAUGUUGGUUAAUCUGUCUGUUAUUGAUCAGUGUCGAUUUCACUGUUGGUUUCGAGCACUCAGAGACAACUGCUGCUGUUGUACUAAUAGUCUUCCUCUCUGCUCAGAUGGUCCUGGUUGCUCCUGGUCUCUGGAUGUUUUCUCUUGUUUGUGGUUCGUCAUCUGCUCCAGGCUUUGAGACCUGCUUGGAGGAUCCUAACCAGAAAAAUAUCUAUGGUACUACAGAGAGUUCAACCAGGACUAAACCAGGUCUGAACCAGGACUAGACCAGGACUAGACCAAGACUAAACCAGGACUAAACCAGGACUAGACCAAGACUAAACCAGGACUAAACCAGGACUAAGGAAUGUCCAAACAAAGUCUAGAACAAAAAUAUUCUUAAUAUUUAAGAGUGACUACUUAAUGUGCUGAAACAGUGCAUUUUAUAAUGAACUUCUAAAGCUUGUCUGAGCAGAGAAUCUGGAAUCCUCUGUUCAAACCCAGAGGGUCUAAAAUGGGACCAGAGAGCCUGACACACCACAGACGCUCAAUUGGAUCACAUGCAUCAAAUGCAGAAGGAAUUUCGUCUUCAUAUCCUCUCCAAACUCUCGUAUUAUUCUCAACAAAAUAUAUCACUUUUUUGUCUUUGGAAAGUUUUGUCACAGCGUUUGGUUUUGGCUGGACAGGCAAAGACUUAACCAGGACUGGACCAGGACCUAAGUAGAGGGACUAAAGGAGGACUAGACCAAGUAUAAACUUCACUAGUGAGUAUUCUAAGAAAAUAUUGUGAUGGACCAAAAACUAAACUAGGACAAAACUAGAGAGACCAAAGCAGGACUUGACCAGGACUCGACCAGGACCCGACUAGGACUCAACUAGGGCUAGAAAAGGACUAAAACAGGGACUAGAUCAGGGAUAAAGCAUAAACUUCAGUCAGUGUAAUAAGUAUUCUAAUGAGAAAAUAAUGGGAAGGACCAAGGGCUAACCCAGGACUAAUGCAGGACCAAACCAGGACUAAUCCAGGACUAAACCAGGACUAAACCAGGACCAAACCAGGACCAAACCAGGACUAAACCAGGACCAAACCAGGUCACAUUGUAGCUAUAAAUGCCACAAGCAGAACGUUUGUUAAUAAAUGUAUGUGUUUAAGU